CUAACUGAGGAACAGUUGCUAAGAAUCAAAGACAAAAAAACAGCCAUUAAAUAAUCCCGCAUCGAAGAAAACAAUUUCCAUUGAUAUUGUUAGUAUUGAGCUUUCUUGUGAUGAAACGUGACAUGGAUUCGCCAGCGCCUCCUUCCCCAAUAGGCUUCGAAGGCUUCGAAAAACGUCUGGAAAUCACUUUCUUUGAUCCAGCCAUCUUCAAGGACACAAAUGGGCUGGGCCUCCGAGCCUUAUCUAAAACCCAGCUCGACUCCAUCCUCCAACCAGCCUGUUGCAACAUAGUUUCCCAGCUCUCCAAUCCCAACUUCGACUCUUACGUCCUCUCCGAGUCAAGCCUCUUUGUUUACCCAAACAAAAUCAUCCUCAAGACAUGCGGAACCACAAAGCUCCUCUUAUCAAUCCCCUCGAUUCUUCAGCUCAGUAACUCGCUCUCACUCACUGUGUCACGAGUCAACUACUCACGUGGCACCUUCAUUUUCCCUGAUCACCAACCUGCCCCUCACCGUAACUUCUCCGAGGAAGUUACCGCGCUAAACGAAUUUUUUACUGAUUAUAUUACGGAGGCUUAUAUAAUUGGCGAUCCGAGGUUUCCUACUCGUAGCUGGCACGUUUACUCGGCUGUAGCAAAAUGUUCACAGCCGUUGAUGGAAGAUCCAAGGGAAUUGGUUACUCUGGAAAUGUGCAUGACGGGUUUGGAUAGAGAAAAGGCAGGCGUGUUUUACAAAAAGUCGCGGAAUGGGAAUUGUUCGGCACGUGAAAUGACGAAAACGUCCGGAAUUGCUGACAUCAUCCCGAGUCACGUGAUAUGCGACUUCGACUUUGACCCGUGUGGGUAUUCGAUGAAUGGGAUCGAGGGACUUGCUUACUGUACGGUCCACGUGACCCCAGAAGAGGGGUUCAGUUACGCUAGCUACGAGGCGAUGGGGUUCGACACUGAUUCUGUCAAGCUGGAACCUCUAGUUAAAAGGGUGCUGACAUGUUUUUGUCCGAACGAGUUUUCUGUUGCGGUCACGUGCCAUGGUGGCGGGGCUCGUUUCUGGGCCAUGGAAGGUGCUGACGUGGAAGGCUACUCGCGUCGGUAUAUGGUGAAGCAGGAGCUGCCAGGUGGAGGGUGUGUGGUUUACUGGACUUAUUUCUCCAAGGGAGAGAGGUGCACAUUGCGCGCCCCUGCUAAAUUGACCAUGCAGUGCUGGAAGGAAGCGGUGGAGGAAGAGGAGGAGGUGGCUGGCGCGGUGGCUUGUCAGUGUAUUUCAUCAGCCUGAGAGUUGGAAGCUUUGGCAGCGUGUCAUUUACAGGCUGUCAUGAGUUAUUUUUAGUUUUCAGUUAAUAAAAAUUGUGGGGGUCAAAGUUGGCUCUGGGUAAGUUUGGUAGGUCGAGUGUUUUAAAAUGGGUUUGGCAUAAUCUUUGUUUGGGUGUCCCUAAAGCUGUUGUCAAUGUCAUUUCCAUGCUUUGUGAGCACAGGUAGAGUGGAAUUCUAUAAUUGCUUCUAGUAUGGACUGAUCUGAGUUGGAAGAUUAUUUCAAAUUUGAUUUGUCAUUCCUUUAUACUGUUGGAGAAAACUAAUGUAGUGUUUUUUCACGCUUGAGGAUGUGAAUGGUUACAAAAUAUGGCAGUCGUCAAAGUCAAUGUAAUCAUUUUGUGUUCACGUUUAACUUUUAAGGUUGAAUUUGGACUUAAUGCAAUCAAUGAAUCAGUGAAAAAUGUGUUGUAACGGUG